GUCACGUGAUGCCGAGCCCGCCACUUAUGUGUGAUUAUUGCGGCAGGAAAUGAUUUUUUUUUUGACGCCAUCGGUAAUUAUGUAACGUUGCAGCGGCGACGAUCCGACGUCUUUGAGGGCGAUGACGUCAUUUUGUAUGCUUUAAAAAGGUGAAAGGACGUACGGUGAGAAGAAGGUCUGACCUACUUAACGCGGCCAUGAUGGGAGCGUCUGGGCGCGGCCUCGUCUUCCCCUCACAAGGGGGAUGACUUGAAUUAUUCACACCGCAUCUGUCACAGGGUCUCUCGGCGACAAGAAUGUCUACGACUGGAGUUCGGAGGAGGAGGAGUCAGACGGGCGGGCGCGGCCCAUCCAGGUCCUGCUGGUCAAAGACGACCACACCUUCGAGCUGGACGAGGCGGCGUUGAGUCGCAUCCUGCUGGCGGAGGAGGUCCGAGACCGCGAGGUGGUGGCCAUCUCUGUGGCGGGAGCCUUCCGGAAGGGGAAGUCCUUCCUCAUGGACUUCAUGCUGCGCUACAUGUACAACCAUGCGCGUGAGGACUGGCUAGGCCUGGCUGACGAGCCUCUGACCGGCUUCUCCUGGAGGGGGGGCUCAGAGAGGGAGACCACCGGGAUCCAGAUCUGGAGCGAGGUCUUCCUGGUGGACCGGCCUGAUGGAACAAAGGUGGCAGUCUUGCUCAUGGACACACAAGGCACCUUUGACAGCCAGUCCACACUCAGGGACUCGGCCACCGUCUUCGCCCUGAGCACCAUGAUCAGUUCCAUGCAGGUUUACAACAUCUCACAGAACGUCCAGGAGGACGACCUUCAGCACCUGCAGCUGUUCACCGAGUAUGGCCGACUCGCGAUGGAGGAGACUUUUCUGAAACCGUUUCAGUCCAUGAUAUUCCUCAUCCGAGACUGGAGUUUCCCUUACGAGUUUCCAUACGGGCAGGAAGGAGGCAUGAAGUUCCUGGAAAAGAGACUGAAGAUCUCAGAGAACCAGCAUGAGGAGCUGCAGAACGUGCGCAAACACAUCCACUCGUGUUUCACCAACAUCUCCUGCUUCCUGAUGCCUCACCCGGGCCUCAAGGUGGCCACCAACCCGCACUUUGACGGACGAAUUUUGGAGAUCGACGAUGAGUUCAUCGGCAACCUGAAUCUUUUGGUCCCGUGGCUGCUCAGUCCUGGCAACAUCGACGUGAAGGAGAUCAACGGAAGCAAAAUCACCUGUCGAGGCCUGCUGGAGUACUUCAAGGCGUACAUCAAGAUCUACCAGGGCGAAGAGCUGCCGCAUCCCAAGUCCAUGCUGCAGGCGACAGCCGAGGCCAACAACCUGGCAGCCGUGGCGGCCGCCAAAGAUCUGUACAACAAGAAAAUGGAGCAGGUGUGCGGCGGAGACCGACCCUUCCUGGCGCCCAGCGAGCUGCAGGCCCGCCACGCCGUCAUCCGCGAGGAGGCGCUGCAAGUGUUCCGGGGCGUGAAGAAGAUGGGCGGCGAGGAGUUCAGCCGCCGCUACCUGCAGCAGCUGGAAGGCGAGGUGGACGAGGUGUUUGUCCAGUACAUCAAGCACAAUGACUCCAAAAACAUUUUCCACGCCGCCCGCACGCCGGCCACCCUCUUCGUGGUCAUCUUCGUCAUGUACGUGGCGGCGGGCAUCACAGGCUUUGUGGGCGUGGACGUCAUCGCCAGCCUGUGCAACAUGGUCCUGGGCCUGGCGCUCAUCACGCUCUGCACCUGGGCCUACAUUCGCUACUCUGGCGAGUACAGGGAGCUGGGCGCCGUCAUCGACCAGGUGGCGGGAGCGCUGUGGGACCAGGCACCGUUCUGCAACAAGGGGAACACCAACGAGGCGCUCCACAAGCUGUACAACGUAGCGGCCAACCACAGGCAACUAUAUCAGCACGCCUUCCCGGGGCACCAUGCCGCCGCCGAGGAGGAGCAGGAAAGGAAGAGGGACUAACGUGGGCGUGGCCUUGUCUUUUAUCCCCAUAAAGACGCCCCGAGGACGGGCUUCUUCAUCACACGCCACAUCAACUACAAGCAAGUGUAAGGGGGAAAGAUGGAAAAAAAAAAACCUAGUUGGCGUUUUUGUUCUCACUUAGUCCAUGUUUACACGCGCAAGUAUGUCGUACGUUCCAACGCCAAAGCCCACUCACCGCUCGCGUCUUUAGGUACACCUGCGCCGUGGAUUUACUUACACUCGGAUGCCUUUGCGAAUAUAAUUGUCAAAUUAGGAGCACCUGUACAUUGCAGUUCCCCUAUUUCAUCUGAGGGGUUCCACACGGUUCUAUCCUUAGUCCCUUUAUGUUUAUAUUUAAGUUUUCUACCGUUCACAAUACAAGUGGAUUAGAUGUAUCAUUUUAUUCUAGUCUAGUAUUUAAUAGCUCUGUUAUUACAUUUUAUAUUUGUCACAUUUUUUCUAUUCUGCUUCGGGCCCAACUGGACCAGGGUACUGUAAAACCACGGUCAAUUCUACCAUCAAAAACUGGAAGCUCAGUUGCCAGAAUGUUUUCCUUUGAAUAAUAGCCAUACACUUUUUCCAUUUAGAGAGAAUAGCUGGGAAUUUCCCGGUAAAAGACUGGCUUGCCAGAUUCUACGCUAAAAAUGUCAUUUUUGUUUUUCCCCUGAAAGGGGAACUGCACUUUUUGGGGGGGAAUUUUGCCUAUCAUUCACAAUCCUUAUGUGAGACAAGAAUACAAAUGUUUUCUCUUUUUUUUUUUAAAUGCAUUGCGAACUCGUAAAUAAAUGCUAGCAAAAGUCAGCUAACAAUUGAGCUAGUAAGAUUCGCUCCAUCGGAGUUUUAUAUAUAUGCUGUAAGUAUAUAAAAGUUAAAGUACCAAUGAUUGUCUCACACACACACACUAGGUGUGGUGAAAUUUGUCCUCUGCACUUGACCCAUCUCCUUGUUCACCCCCUGGGAGGUGAGGGGAGCAGUGAGCAGCAGCGGGGGCCACGCCCAAGAAUAAUUUUUGGUGAUUUAACCCCCAAUUCCAACCCUUGAUGCUGAGUGCCAAGCAGGGAGGUAAUGGGUCCCAUUUUUAUAGUCUUUGGUAUGACUCGGCCAGCGGGUUUGAACUCACAACCUACCGAUCUCAGGGCGGACACUCUAACCACUAGGCCACUGAGUAGUAUAUGUAAUGUAGUAACAGACACGUUCAUAAACAAUAUGUAAUAUGUUCAGUAUUUACCAUACUUUUGAUCAAUGAAUUCUUCAGCACAUUGAUUUCUGUUUCCAUAGCAACACAUGUCCGACUUCUGGCAACAAAUGUGUGUUCCUACUUCUGCAAACAAAAGCGUGUGUUUUCUAAUCAUAACAGAUUUGCCAAUAGACAACAAAGACGACUAUUUUUGGACAAAUGAGGAUUCACAACCUUAUCUUUUUGAAGCUGAAUAUACAGAGGAUGAACUACUGC